UCCUGUUGCAGGUUGAUGGAUCGCAUGCAGCAGAAACAAAUCAGCACUGACCCUUGUGGAGCCAAAGUGCAACCUGGACCCUGCGCGUUGAUCGGAGUCGUUCCGGCUUCACCUCCACAGUUCGAAAUCCCGGAACCACCUCUGAUCAUCCAAUCAGAGGAGCUCAAGAAACAGCCUGGAUUAAGCACCAUGCAGUCUGCAGUCGCACCUGUGAAAGUGACAGACCUAAUGCAGUCAACGCAGCCAGAGUCUGGAACCACCCCAGCAACACUGGUAAGCAUAAGCCGGCCAAGACCGACUGCUCUCGGAACUAAACCUGCUCCGAAGUCGACCAGGAUCUCAGUGGACCCCUCCAAGGAAAUCGAUUUAAUCCCCGUUUGUAUCCCAGGACCUCAGAGUGCCAACGUCCUGUCACAUUCCCCGACAGAGGCCUCCUUCUGCCGUCACAGUCCUCAGAGUCCCCGCAGCCCUCAGUCUUACACCAGCCAGCCUUACCUUAGCCCUAAUCCUGGCCUGCCCUCUAGCCUAAGCCCCAAAUCCAGCCUCGGUCCUCAGCCUCAGCGGGCCCCCUCACCUGGGAGCUCCACGCAGAACCAAGUGCAGUCUGAGAAGCCAGGUGGAGAAAACAAUGACUUCAGGGUGUACAUCGUCACAUGGAACGUGGGAUCAGCUGUCCCUCCAGAUGACAUCACUUCUCUGUUCGGACCAAAUGUUUCAGAUGGGAGCGUUGACAUGUUUAUCAUCGGACUCCAGGAGGUCAACUCCAUGAUUAACAAGCGGCUGAAGGAUGUUAUUUUCUCGGACCAGUGGAGUGAGCUUUGCAUGGACACGCUGAGUCCUUUUGGAUAUGUUUUGGUGGCGUCCCAGCGUAUGCAGGGAGUUCUGCUGCUGGUUUUCUCUAAAUUCUGCCAUCUUCCAUUCCUCAGAGGUGUACAGACUGAGAGUACACGCACAGGACUUGGGGGAUAUUGGGGGAAUAAAGGGGGUGUCAGCGCGAGGAUGACAAUGUUCGGCCAUCCAGUGUGCUUUCUCAACUGUCACCUGCCAGCUCACAUGAGGAACCUGGAGCAGCGGAUGGAGGACUUUGAAAGCAUCCUGCAGCAGCAGCAGUUUGAAGGAGGCACUGCCACUGGUGUGCUGGACCACGAUGUCGUCUUUUGGUUUGGGGAUUUAAAUUUCCGUAUUGAAGACUAUGACAUCCAUGUGGUGAAAUGUGCCAUCGACAGCAAUAAACUGCCACUUCUGUGGGAGCGAGAUCAGCUCAACAUUGCUAAAAACACAGAGUCCAUCCUUGAAGGCUUCAUUGAAGGACCACUCAAAUUCCCACCCACCUAUAAGUUUGAUGUGGGCACUCAUACGUACGACACCAGUACAAAGAAGAGGAAACCUGCCUGGACGGACCGCAUCCUCUGGCGCCCUCGUCGUACCGGCUCCCCAGUUCCUACCCACAAUGCAGCACUGCAGCGGGGGCUGACCUCGUGGUUGGGCGGGUCGACUAAAGUGACCCAGCAUGCGUACCGAAGUCACAUGGGCUACACCAUCAGCGACCACAAGCCUGUCUCGGCCUUGUUUUCACUGCAUUUCCCAUUCAAGGUGAAUAUGCCCCUGGUGGAGCUGCAGGUAAACAAGGAAUGGUGUAAAGUCUCAGAUGCUACAGUCAGAUUCACUGUUGCAUCAACUUAUCAGCGCAGCUCAUGGGACUGGGUAGCAAUAUACAAGGUUGGAUUCAGACAUCACAAAGAUUACCAGGCAUACAUAUGGGCCAAGGGAGAGAAUGCAACACAGGUGACAUUUUCAGAGGAGGAUUUGCCGAGAGAUGACUGUGACUACAUCCUGGGUUACUACAGCAAUAAUAUGAACACUAUUGUUGGACUGUCAACGCAAAUUCAGAUCAACAUUCCAGUCCACAGCCCCACGGCGCAUCGCUCCGAAAGUUCAGACGCCAGCUCAGAAGAUGACAGCACUCUGGUUCUGCUCACUCCAAACUCCCGCAGCCCGAGCCCUAAAACCGGAAAACACAACCACCGCCAUCGUCAAAGCCGGAGCCCGGCUGUUCCUGCUCUUUCCACCAACCCCCUCCCCUCCCUGCAGGGCCUCAGCCUCUGUCCCCGCUCCAAAGAAUGCCAGACUCGCAGCCGCUCACCUUGUUCUGCUGCUAAAAAGGAGCGACUGGUCUCCCCCGACACCAUAUUGUCCCCCGUCAUCAGCCCGCUCAGUCCUCGCAGCCCUGUGUCUCCAGGCGGUGGGGUGACUGCACCCGAGGCCCUGGUCGCUGCCAUUUUAGGUGAACACAGAAUAGUUCAGAUUAGCCCCACUGGGCUCAAACAGAUAGGGAAGACAGGGGAAACAGACACUGCAUAG